AUGGAGGCGAUGGAGGAGUUGAUCAAGCUUGGGGAGUGCAUGGUGCAGGCAGCCGCUCUGCUGUCCGAUGAGGACGCAGAUGAGGCCUCCAACCGGCGGGCCUCCACUUUCCUGAAUAUUGUAGCUUUCGGCAAUGUCGUAAGUCUGAUUUUCAACGAUCCUGAUGAACUCGCCAUUAAAGGGUUAUUCAUUUCGUUGUCUCUAUUUCCUCUUGCCUUUAAGUAAUUUUAUCUUUUUUCGGUGUCUCUUUUACCUUCACACCGACAUCACAGCAUGCACCGACAUGAAUCGAGAGUAGAGUUCUACUUCUACGUGUCAACAUGCAUCUUCUAUCUUGUUUUUGAGAUGUUACCGACAAUAAGGCCCCGCUGGAGGAUAGUGGGACUUAAAUAUCUUAUUCUUGUCUUGUUGUCACAUAGAAAGCUUUUGGUCACAACAUUCUUCUUCUCUUGCCUUUGGUAGGGUGCUGGAAAAUCCGCAGUCUUGAACAGCUUAAUUGGGCAUCCUGUUCUUGUAAGCUUCGUGCUCUGUUUGAAAUUACGUUUCCUUGUGCUCUUGUUAGAUCUGCAAAUGGAUCCGGCUUUUAUUUACAUGGUUUCGUUGUAUCCUUAUUUGCAGCCAACAGGAGAAAAUGGCGCCACACGUGCACCCAUUAGCAUUGAUUUGCAAAGAGAUCCUUCGUUAAACACAAAGUCUAUAAUGUUGCAAAUCGACAACAAAACACAGCAAGUUUCUGCCAGUGAGAGCUCAAUAUCCUAUCUAUAUCAUCUAAUUUAGAUCAUACUUUUUCACAUUUGGACUUUGUAAAUGUUUAAAGUUUGUUCUUAUUUACAUUUGUAUUAUGGGCAUCUUGAUUCAGGUGGAAAAAUGGGGCAAAAUUUGUUGUCUUGAUUUUUUUUGCAAGAUGGACACUGUUUUUUCGCAUGAUGUCAAUAGUCAACAAGAUUUUGUCGACUGUUAGCUUUUAGAUGUCUCACUGUUCGUUGAAUAUGUCUCAGGUAGUUUGAGGCAUUCUCUUCAGGAAAGGCUAAAGAAUGUUGCUGCUGUUGGAAGAGGUCGUUCUGAUGAAAUCUAUUUAAAACUUCGGACUAGCACUGGUAUGUUUCCGACUAUUUUUGCUACUUUUCCCUCUUUUUCUGUUAUUUUUUUGCUUGAGUUAAAAGUUAUGGUUAGGACAGAUGUAUAUCCAGAUGUAAAAAGGAACUUUUAGUCUGCUGAAUCUUUAGAUUUGUUCAUCAGUUUGCAGACUUGAACCGUGUAAUGGUUGUUAGAACAUGUUGAUUGAUCUUCUUAGUCGGUGAAACAUCUUGUCUAGUGCAGGCAUUUUUUGGAGUGACAUUCUCUUUGAAUGCUUCUAAUGACUUCAGUAAGAGUUAAUAAAUUUGGGCUUGGAAGGGCACGUGGAAUACACAUCUCUUAAUUUCCAAAUUGGCAAUUUGGAACAAACGCUGCUUCUUGAUAUGAGUCUUGUGACCUAUGGUGCUGUGAGUUACGGACUGGCAUGUCUAGUCAAGGCUCUUAUGUCCUAACUUUAUUGAAUUAAAUAAGAGUUACUAUUUCAACCAGAAAUUGUGCAAAGCUCCUAAUGCACUUCCUUUAGGGGAAAGGACAUUGCCACAUUAAAGAGAGAUUUUUUUCAUAAAUUCUUUCUUGAGAGUUACUAUUUCUAUAUAUAUAUAUCAUAUAUGGAUGUGUGGAAAUCAACCCUUCUUUAUUUGGUUAUGCUACGAUGGAGAGUUAUCUCUGUUGAAUUCGUGAUUACCUUAUUGUUUCUAGUUUGUUGAUCUCGUUAAGCUAUAAGUUUUUCAAAAAAAAUUGAGUCUUUCUGAUCUAGUGAUCACCUUGACUUUUCAAUCAUUCAACAUCAUGAUAAAAAAAUUCAUUAUGUUUUUGGUGUAGGAAUUCUGCUUAAAAAAUUUCAAGAUUUUUGUGAAAGCUAAGUAGUUAAUUUAUUAUCAAACUUUCGAGUGAUUGGAAUUUAAAGAGCAUUGUUUUAUCUCUUCUUGAUCUGCGACCUUGUUAUUCUUCUUCAAGGUUCUUUUGUCCCUUGAAUUAUGUUGAGGUUCACUUGACCUGUUAUAACCUUCACUGGCAGGUUUAAUAAAAAUCGUGAAGAAUGUAGUGUCAUAAAAGUAUCAAACCUCUGUGUGCCCUUUUUUUGUGCUGUAAUGUUGACUUUUCAGUGACAAGAUAUAUGGUGUUGUUGAAACAGUAAAUUUUGCUAUUUUGCUCUUGUCCUUCCCUGUGUUGCUAAAUUUUUGAUACCUCAGUCUUUCAAGUGGUGAACACCAGGGAACCCUUUGGUCAUAGUGUUGUCCCGAAGUUGUCAAUGUUUACUGUACUCAUAUUGUUGGGUCUGGUUAUCUGUUUUUUAUAGGAUUUUGAUGAGGACUUUUUGCAUACUAAAUGACCUGCUAUUAUGCUCGAACACUUAAAUCUGUUCGUUGUGAAACAUUGGUAUCUAAUGCAUACCUUCUGUAUGGGAGAUCUAACUUUCUUGUAUCUUUACAUCAGCUCCACCUUUGAAACUUAUCGAUCUUCCUGGGUUGGACCAACGGGCCAUGGAUGAGUCAACUGUAAGGAAUCGUUAAUACCACCUCUUUCUCUUGUAUUAGCUUUAAGUUUACAUAAUUAACUCAUAACAUCUGCAUUUUUUGGUUGAAAAAACUAGUCAGCCAUACAGAUUGGUAGUGCUUCCUUUAUCAAAUUUCUGAAGAAAUAUUUUUAAGCCAUUUGGUCCUUUUGUUCCAGGUCAGCGACUAUGCUGCCCACAAUGAUGCCAUAUUGUUAGUCAUAGUGCCUGCAGCCCAGGCCCCUGAAAUUUCCUCAUCACGUGCUCUUAGACUUGCAAAGGAGUUUGAUGCAGAUGGUAUGUCCUUCCAUCUCUUAAGAUGUAUGAUUUCUUCGAUAAUGUUCAAGAAUAUGCUGGCCACAACUGGCGAAAUCUUUAUAUUUAUGCAACAAUUGUCAUUUCUAGUUACAUUUCUUUAUGCCUUCUAUUCUUAAGGCGUUAUGUAUAUUGCAUCCUUUUUUUACCUGUAGGUACACGAACGAUUGGUGUUAUUAGUAAAAUAGAUCAAGCAGCUGGAGAUCAGAAGUCUCUGGCUGCUGUGCAAGCUCUCUUAUCAAAUCAGGGACCUCCCAGAGCAUCUGAUAUUCCCUGGGUGGCAUUGAUUGGACAAUCUGUUGCAAUUGCAUCAGCGCAAUCUGGAUCUGUUGGACCUGAUAAUUCCCUUGAAACUGCAUGGAGAGCAGAGAGUGAGAGUCUUAAAUCCAUACUCACUGGAGCACCACAAGGGAAGCUUGGGAGAAUAGCACUGGUGGACACUCUUGCCAAGCAGAUUCGAAAGAGGAUGAAAGUCAGACUUCCCAACCUCCUUUCUGGGUAAACUACUUUAGCUUUCUAAUUAAACGACUGUAGGAAAAUUACAAUUUUGAACUGUUUUCUUAGUUUCCUAUUCUCAUAGUUUAUGAGUACAUUGGAUUUAGCUGUGAUGUAUUUGAAAGAUUUUUCUCAUUGUUUUAAUAAGUAUAAACGAAUUUCUUUUUUGUUUGGAAUAUAAAUCGCCAUAUUUUAAUUUUGCUCAUUUAUACCCAACACCCCAUUUUCAUGUCAUUUUUAAGUUAUCAUAUAUUUUUGUUGUUCCCAGAAUAAAUUUAAUGCUGGUUUUUCUCUUGUCAUUAAUUUUGUAGUGCGUUGCAAAUCUCAUGAUAGUGCUUUGCAUAAUAUUAGUUUCUGAAUUUUAGAAAGAAUUUGUCAUGAUGCUUUUUUUUGUCAACACUCCCCAAGGCUUUCAAUAUAUGCAGGUUGCAGGGGAAGUCUCAAAUUGUCCAGGAUGAGUUGGUAAGACUUGGUGAACAAAUGGUACAUAGUGCUGAGGGAACUCGAGCGAUUGCCCUAGAACUUUGCCGUGAAUUUGAGGACAAAUUUCUCCAACAUAUUGCCACCGGUGAGGUCAGUUAUUCUGAUAUUAAUCUUUCCAAUUGGACCUGCAUAUUUGCCGUUCUUGUUUCAAAAUUUUCUUCAGUGUAUAUGAUAGGAGAAUAUGUUAAUCAUGUAUUUGAAUAUGGAUGAAAUUGAUGCUUUGUUCUUCCAUUCCUUGCUUUAUGGUUGAGUGAAGGACAAAGGAGCUUGGUAAACUUGAAUUUUGAUGUUAUGUAUCAUGCUACAAUAAAGAUGAAUUGCAUCUCUACUGACUUGAAGUUCAUUAAUAUUUACUAUAUUAGUGCCCUUAUUAUUUACUCAUCUUACUUUUACUGGAAAAGAGAAAAGGCCAAGAAGAUAAAGUCAUUUGUUGCUCAAAAUCUUGAGUUGACUUUCUCUUAUGGUUCAUUAGGCAUUUCGAGUACUUCAUGAAUGAAUUCGUAGGCAUGAAUCUCGAUAUUGAUACUUUCGUGAUUAGAUCUGCCCAUUUCAUCAUGUAGUCCAAACCUUUAAUUCUUAAACGUUCACAAUCUUGCUUUUCAUCAUGUAGAUCCUUCAUGAUUAGCCCUUUACAGGUUUGUGUUUCAUCUUAUACCUUCGUUUCUUGAUGAUUAAUUUUUUCCCGGCUUCUGGUUCAUCAUGUAGAUCCGUUCCAGUGAUGUCGUUACUGGGUUGUACUUCCUCGUGUACUUUGUUCUAGUCAUGCCAUGUUAUCUUUUUGUGGUUCAUCUGUAUGUGGAGAUGAUGCCUCCAUGUUUUAUUGUGGGAAUACGUUAGGAGCAAGAGUAAGAAACGCUGAAUGUGGUUGGUGAAAUCCCACGGGCUCCAAACGAGCCCUUUUUUUCAUGCAUGCAAAUGUAAUCCUCCUUUUUGUUAGUGCUCCGAAAGGUGACAUUAGAAUGCAGGGAAAGAGCAAGAGCUCAACCUGUUUGUUCCUUCUAUGGAUUUCUAGUGCCAUGACCCUUGGAUUAUGGUGUAAAUCAUUUCAACUUACCAUGGACCGACAUUUGAUCCAAUAUGGAUUGAAAGAGUGAUAUUCAGUAUAUAUGUUUUCGUUCCCAAGGGAAAGAUACUGGGAUUCAUUUGAAUGGAAAUGAAGUCUUUGGUCAUGCUGAAAGCUGAUCAAUCUGGACAAAAAAUCUUUUUCCCUUCUGGUAUCUCCGAAAUGAUGAAUUCCAUUUCUAGGGGUUGGGUGGGAAGAGAAUCGGAAUUCAUAGUGUCUGAUUGCUGAGUCGGUGUAUUGUGCGAUCAUGGUGUAUUGGAGGAAGCUGUUCCAUUGGCUUGUUUAAACUCAUGUUAUCAAGGAAGCUACUGGAAUUGCAGAGGUAAUAUUGGUGGAAAUUGUCAGUGUUUCUGGAAUUUUAAUGGUUUGGCUUGGUGCUGUCUCAGAAAGGAAGGGGUUGGGCGAUUAUGAAGUGGCCAGCUGUUUGUUUUUAUUUUCAGAACGAGACAACCUAUGGUCGUUUAUGUUAUAUAUUCUAUUGAUGGUAUGAUAUAAAAGGGUAAGUGAGUAAGAACUUUGUCACUUCCUCUCUUUUCUUUUCCAGACUGUACGACCAAAAGCAGCUUUUGCUCCUUCGUUGAUAUGCAAUAGAUUGAAUAGUAUGUAUAAAUGAUGAACAGUGUUUUGAUACUUUUUACGAAGUAUAUGAUCCUCAGAUGUUAGUCUGAUCGUUUACUCUUAAAUAUAUCCUGGAAGCUUAAGAAAAUGAACUAAAAUGUGAGAUGCUUCUUAAAUUCCAUUGUUUGUUGAAUUAUGUUUGAUUCAACUAAUGCAAGAUCGUCUCUAAAGCAUUUUCUUAUCUUUUACGUAGUUGAAAUAAACUGGACAUCGUGAUGAAUUGUCUGAUAGUCUUUUUCUUAUAUCACACAUUUCCUUAAAAUCUCUUCCUUUAAUAUAGAGCGGCUCCGUGCAUGCCUAGGUUAGGUUGUCUGCACAUAGAUUCUAUACCAGAGUGCAGUGUCAUCAUAGAUUAUUUCGAUUUAUAUAAGUGGACAAGUUUAAAGAACAGGAGGAAGACAUGAUUCUUUCUUUCACUGCUGUCCAUUUUAUCAUACACUGUGUCACGCUAGAUUAUUUGACUGCUGUCCAUUUUACGCACUUAAAAAUGUUAACUAAAUUAAAACCACAAUGGCAAUCAUUCGUUCGUUGAAAUGAUUAAUAAUAACGGUGAAUUGUUGUAGUUGGUUCAUCAAACUUCACAGAUUUAAAAGCAUUCCAGACAUGUGACUCCAGUUCACGUCUAACAAUAAAUUGCUAUUAAUUUACUUAAAGCUAUGUUGUACUAGCAAUAUACUUGAAGGGCCCUGUUGCAGUGAUAGGUCUAGCGGUACCCAUCAAUUUGUUUGAAGAACUCUAUGCCUGACUUAGAGCAAAGAGAUCUAUGACCUGUCCAUUGUCUAGAGUAAAGAAGAUAUGACAUUCGUCUGACUAGGGGUUGGUCUGAUAAACGAAUUACAGACAGAAUUUAGCAGGUUGAAUUAAGUUAUGUAACAUUAGUGUUGGUGGGAUGUUACACGAGGUACAAUAACUUCAUCAGUUUGCUGUCAAGUAUAGCAUUGAUCCCUUUAUGAAGACACCAUGGAAUUCACACUUCUUUCAAAAGUGGACCAUUUCCAUAAUGAAUCAUGAACUUAUCUAGAUGCAAAAUAUGCUUUUCCUCACAAAAUGAAUCUGGCUACAAAACAUGUUGGGUAGCGUCCAGCUAUUUCUGUCAAAUUAUAUGCUAAAACUCGAGUCCAAUCCUAAGGUUUUACAUUUUUGUUUUGCACCUUAAGUAAGGAUGAUGGCAAAUCCUGUCUGACGUCAGUCAGUCAAUGAUUCUUAAAGAAGUGCAGAUAAAGUACUGGAGGUUAGAACGCCUGAUUCUAGUUAAUUUCAUCGUUGUGUGGACAGUGGAAGCUGAUAGAUGAGUGAACCUUCUUUUGCAUGUUGUAAUUUCGCUUGAGCUACUCAGUAUCUUGGGGUGUUUUUUUUUGCGGGGAAGGGGGAGGUUGUCAAAUCAGAAGAUCCCGCCACAGUUGGAAUGCAAAGCAAGGAGCUAUUUUUUUCCCCUUGUCACUUUGUCAUGAACCUUCAAAUUAGGAAGCAGGUACGGAAGAGAGAGUUGUCUUUUAUGAUUUUUUGCAAAUAUCACCAAUAAUAGUAUUUCUUUUCUCAGACUUAAUAUAUUUCUUUGAAGCUUUUGGAACAUAGUUUUUUGUGUUGUUCUCAUUCUGGUGCUCUACCUUUAUGACAACCUUUAGGACGCUUUGAAAUUGCUUAGUUUAGGAUCCUUGUCUUCUUUAGGACGCUUGGUUUUCCUUUGACGAUGUCUUCUUCUGCAGGGUGGUGGUUGGAAAGUUGUUGCAAGUUUUGAGGGUAGCUUUCCUAAUAGGAUCAAGCAACUUCCCUUAGAUAGACAUUUCGACAUCAACAAUGUUAAAAGGGUAUGCUGCUUGUUCCGUUGAGUUCACUCCUUUUUUCUUUGUUUGGUUGAAUUGGUAAUCCAUUCUUCUGUACUCGGUGAUUUCAGGUUGUACUUGAGGCUGAUGGUUAUCAACCAUAUUUGAUAUCUCCUGAGAAAGGUUUGAGAUCUCUCAUCAGAGGAGUACUGGAGCUGGCGAAGGAACCAUCUCGCCUCUGUGUGGAUGAGGUAAACAAAGCCUUCUACAUUAUAAACUGUCUAUUUUGUGUUCUUUGUCUCCUGUACUGUACCGGCUGAGAUGUUCCUUGUUAUAAUACAUAUUAUUAACUACCGUGUUAUUUUUUCCAAUCGUCUGCAUUUGGCAUUGGUUGUGCUAUUGCAUUCUAUAAUGUGAAGGGUUACUUUUUUCUCUCGAAGUUUGUAUAGUCGCUUGUCUCUCUCUUCCAGGUCCACAGACGUUUUUUGUCUAAACACAGAAAAACCUUUAGGAUUUCCAUUCUCUUGCUAUAUUUUACUGAAGGUGGAGAAUGGUCGAAUUGCAUAACGUGUAAGUCUGCAUUUCGUUGUCUGUUUUUUUACAAGUCAUUUAUUUUUCAUUGUGCAAUCUACUAGAAUGCAAAUUCCGUCUUUUAGUGGCUGAUGUGGCUCUUGCAUGUGAACGCCGUGUUGUUUCUGUUGUAGUACAAUGAAAAUGAUGGUUACAUCUUUCCUUAUGCUCCCCUGAUUCAUGUUCUACCAAUCUGUCCCUGAUAUCGCUCUUUGUAUUUAUUAAUGUAUGUGCAUGCGUGCCAUAUUAUUUAUAUCAACGAUAAUAAUUACAUGUUUAUUGAAAAUUAGUUAGUUUGCAAUUUCUUUUAUCCUCUUUCAGAUCGAGAAAAUGUAUUUUCUUAAACUGACAGUUAGAAUUGUUUUAUUCCUUUAUGCUUUUCUGUUUUCCUUUCCUUCUUUAUUUUUUCAAGUUUUAUGCUCUAUUUAUGCUUUUAUCCUCUAUUUUGGGUUUUCUCCUGGAAGAACCUUUAGAUCUGGUCUUUUUCCAAACAAAAUUAGGCAUGUGCCUAGCAACCAUCUAGUCUAUUUUUUUAUGUAUGCUGAAAAUUUCUGUCUAUUUCGGGUUUUUUGCCUUCUGAACAGGUACACCAUGUAUUGAUAGACAUAGUUUCAGCAGCUGCGAAUGCCACACCAGGCCUUGGGAGAUACCCACCAUUUAAGCGGGAGGUAUAUCCAUUCUGUUUAUCUUUUUUUCUUCGCUUCUGUUUCUUUGUAAAAUAUGACAAUUGUCAAAAAUGUUAGCUGAUGAUGAAUACUUUCGUUUUACUUGACACCUUGCAAUAACUAUUGCUUUGCUGCAAAGGUUGUUGCAAUUGCAUCUUCUGCUCUUGAUGGAUUUAGAAACGAGGCCAAAAAGAUGGUGGUUGCAUUAGUUGACAUGGAACGUGCUUUUGUUCCUCCUCAACAUUUCAUCCGUUUAGUCCAGAGGAGGUACCAAUUCAAUGCACUUUGUCGUUGGUCCAUAGAUGUUUAAUUUUGAUGUUUCUGUUGUAUGUCUUCUGUCUUUUCUGAUUUCAAGCUGCAUGCGUGUGGAUGACCUAGUAAUCUUCAAUAAUAUUUAAUUGGAGCUCAUGUACAUGCUGAUUAAUUCAGUUAUGCCAAUGAAUCUGAACUAUAGAUAUGUAUUGUGAUGAAAAUAUUAAUUGUUGACGUUGUUUUUUAUGUAAUUUCAAAAAGAAGCCUUCCAUGUGUUGCUUUUAGGUGUGGAAAAAAAGCUACCGAGGAGAAAUAUAAAAGAAAACAGAACAAAGGGACAAUGUUCUUAAAGCAGAACUUCUUUGAUCACGUUAUAGGAUGCUAAAGAAGAGAAAGAAGGCUAUAAUUAAAUCCUUUUUUUUAUCGUUGAUCUAGCUUGCAGGAUAAAAUAGUCUCAUAUUCAUUCUUUUGGACCAAUAGGCCAUUAAUCUUGACACUUAUUUGUGUUUUCUGCUUCCUCUGUUCUUAAAAAAUGCAGAUUUAUCUUGCUUUUUUCCAUUUCACACCUCUUUAACCUCAAUAUCCAUUGUUUUCCUUUCGCAAUCAUCUUGUACUGUUCUGGGUCAUCCGAGUUUUUAAAAAAAGGUCAGAUAAGCUAAUUUCAUCACCUUAGCUAUUACCUGUGAACGAAAUUUCCUCCGUUUUCAUCUUGACUAAUCCAAAUGUAAUAUGUGGGGAGAAAUAUUGCGAGAUGAUUAAAAUAGGCUAAUGAUACCCUUUUAUCUUCCGCCUACUACAUACCUCCCGGCAUCAACUGAAUGUCAUGGUCCUGAACACCUAGUCAAACGAAAAGCCCUAUAGGAAUUCUGUUAAUUUGAUAUAUGGCUGUCUCCAUUGAAUUGAGGUUUAAAAAGUUACAGCCUCCUCUCACACUCCAGUGGUACCUAAAUAAGCAACUUUCCUGGAAUUCUGUGAACUUAAUCUCUAUCAACUACACAGGUUUGGUUCAAGUUUGAGUGUAAAAAUAAUGGUCCCACGCUUCUCUUGUCCAAGAUGCGACAUGAUGGCGAUAAUCAUCCAAGCCGAAAAAAUGUAGGGAAUUCAGAAAACAAUCAUGCUACAGCACACAAGGAUUUACAUGGAAUACUCAUUUACAGGGGAAACCACUAAAGAAGAAAGUAACUCACUGAUGUGACCAAAAUCCAGAUUACACUAAGAAUCCUUCUCUCCACGAGGAUAAACGACCCAUAACAAAUCACGGCUACCUUUCCUCUUUUUUUUUCUAACCCAAGUCCUUUUGUUAAAUUAGCCUUUUAUUCUGUGCCCAAAGACAAGACCGCCUCUCAGUAACCAGAGAAUUAUCAUAGAACUUAAAAUGGGCCUGACCCAUGUCUGGGCGUAAACCUGAAGCACUCACAUUCUGCACCAACAAGGAACUUGUACAACACUAAACCAUGUAUCACCUAAAGAAAUAAAGAGAGAAAAGAACAAAAAUGAGGACGAAGUAAUGAGGAAGGGUUUCAUUUCCUUCAUUUCGGAUUUCCUGCCGUUGUUCAAAAUACCAUUUUUUGGGUUGGUCGUAUUUGGUUGUCAAAUUAUCCUUUCUGUUGUCUGAGUAAAUCCGUCAAGUGUCACCAGGUAAACGUUCAGUCUUGUGAAUGUAAUUAUCAAAGGUGGAAGUGGAUUAGAUCCGUCAUUAAUUACCCUCAGGACUCCAUAUAUACAUAUAUAUAUAUAUAUAUUUGUAGUCUUGGAUCUGGUACAGUGUCGAAACAGGUGGCCAAGUCAGGUUAUACUGUAAGUUGAUAUGGAAUUCGGUUCUGCCAUGAUUUUGCAUGGCAAAUCUUUGGCAAUUCUGAGUUUCCAUUGGUAAGUGAUGCACAUUUUUAUCAUCAUCACAUAGGGACCUGAAUAAAACUGUGUAAUUACUAAAUAUGUUUAUUUAUGUUUUCAUUGUACUUCCUGAGACAACGUUUCUCACAUGGUAUGCUGAAGCUUUAUAGAUUUUUAAAGUGCUGGUGGUGAUUUUCAUUUCCUUUAGGAUAUAGUAUCGUACUUCUUGUACAGAGUAUCUGUAUGCACCUAUUAGACAAUCAUUUAGUAGUGAGUUGAUUAGUUGAAUAGUUCUAAUAUUCUAUCAAAGCUUAUGAUCAUUUCCAAGAUUACGGUGCACUAUUGACGUUUGUGUGAUGAGGAAUGUUACAUUUGUCCCAUAUGUUAUUGGAGUGAUUAUAUUGACGGGUUCAAUUGACCAAUUGGUCUGUAUUAGAUGUCAAGUAUUGAAAUGUAAUAUGUGAAUGGAGAUAUCUUUUUCAUGUUCUCAUCGUACCACUUUAAACUAUUUGCUUUUUAGGAUGGAUAGACAACGCCGGGAGGAAGAGCUGAAGAAUCGAUCAACUAAAAAGGGGAAUGAGGCAGAACAGGCCAUACUGAACAGAGUCAGCUCAUUUUCUUGUUGAUUUGUACUAUGAAAUGUGCAUUUAUUCUAUUAUGAAUCUUUGUUCAUGCCUAUUUCAUUUAUCGUUAUUUGUGAUGUCCCUUGUAUUCUAGGCAAGUAGCCCUCAAACAGGAUCUCAACAAACUGGUGGUAGCUUGAAAUCGAUGAAGGACAAGUCGAAUCAGCAAGAUAAAGAUACAAAAGAGGGAUCUGCUUUGCAGACUGCUGGCCCUGGUGGUGAAAUCACAGCAGGUUUACUUACAGAUUUAAUCUUCUGAAAAUCAUUUAUAGAUUGUUGAUUAUUACUUGACCUCUAAACUUUUGACCUAGCCCGUCCAGCGUGUAAACUGAGAUGUUCUGGUACGAAUGAUGCAGUUUGUUGUAGUUGACAUUAGAAAGACAAGAUUCUGCUGCCGAUUGAGAUGUUCUAGUACGAAUAAUUAGCCCUUAAUUGAAGGCAACUAAGCUUUGCAUCCAUAUGUUCUGAUAUAGCGUUAAAGUUAGUCCCCAAAAGAGCUAAAUGGCAUAUCUUUACUAGGAUUGCGUUUAUGUCCAUCCUGAUUUCUAAUUUUCGUGUACAUUCCUUGACGUUGCCUCCAUAUGCGAUAUGAAAACCUGGCUUUCUACUUAAUGGGAGUGUUAGAAUAGUCGCAGCAAAGAAAGACAUGUUGAAGGCGUACUUACAAUGAAAUCAACAUUCACUUGCGCUCAUUUGUGUUUGAGAAAUGAAGUUUCCUUUGCAUUUUUAAUGUCUUGGCUUGCAUUCCUAUUUUCUUGGCCAAAGAUCAAAUAGGCCACAGCCCCUAAAGAACCAAUUCGCGUGUGUCGUUGCUGCUUAAUGAUGGGUACUUUCCAGAGUGCAGUUAAACUCUAACUACUCGGAUUGUGUUUCUCCUUUAGAGGUUAAAUUUUUAAGGGCCAUUAUACAUGUUCGUAUUAAAAUAUCUGUCCUUCAUUGACUAAUUGAUGUUUAUACCUCCAAAAACUCAUGGAACAUGAAAUUUUUCAUCAGAGUUUUGAGUGGCUUACUGAGGUGGAUAAGGGUUACUUUGGCUCAGAAGUGCCUAGCCUCUCCUGGAAACAGAACUUCUGGGAUGGCAAAAUUCCAGACAAUUAUGUUUGCAGAAAAUUCCAGAAUUAACAAAUAUUUCUGGGUGCCAAAAUUUCCACUGUUUCAUAUUUCUAGGGACAAUUAUGUUAGGUUAUUGCAGUUGUAAAUAACCAGAAGUGGGCAGCAAAUAGUUAACAGGGAGCAAAGUUAUGAGAAAGUUUGAGAAGAAUGAGUGUUGUGAGGUUGUCAUCAGUCCAGUAGGUGAGGCUCAAGUGACCUGUGGUAGUCUGGCCUUAUCUUAACAACUGAACACAUACAAUGAAAACUGGCGGUUAUCCUUACAAGCAAAGUUCUCUGUCUCUCACAACUUUUGGAGUGGGAAAAUAUGUUUCACGUUUCGAGUCGAGGGAUGAUCUAUUUUGAUCUUCUCAAUGAGAAAUCAGGGCGGAUGAAACUGUCCUGGGACGAAGAUGAUAACACUGUCCAAUGUGGGCGUAGUAAAGUCUGAAAGCUUCAAGUUGACUGCUAAUCGAAUACAUUAGAAACACAAGUAGCGUGUGUGACUGACAGUGCAAACAUGGUAUUGUCUUUGGAUAUAUCUUCAUAUAAGAAGCCAAUACAUGUGAGAGAGCUCCCAAUCUGACUAAUACAAGAGUAUUGAUUUUCUUAUGUCAUGAUCAACAGAGAUCUCUCUGUUGGGCACAUGAUAGCAGUGGUUGUAUAGAUGACAGCUGGUCAAACUCAGCGAAAGCAGCAAUGCAUGGAGCCAUUGGGGAUUGUAACCAUGACCUACUUAGAGAGGUGGAUAGUUUCCUAAGAGGAAACACCACCAAGAAGAAAUUUAAAAAGUUAGUUGAAGAGGUCAUGCCCUAGUUUCCUUUCUAGAUAUGGACGCCAUUAACCUUCUUUACACAGAUAUUUUGGCGAUCAUGGCGUAGGUCUUUGACCAAUUAUCGUCCAUGGUUUGCCAUCUUCAAAGAGAAAAGGAUCUGCAGGUAGCUGGCACAUCAUGUCCGCUCUAUAAACUGGAAUCUUCUCCUCAAUUCCUCGUUGAUGAGAUAAUGGAAAGGUUAACACCCAUCAAGUUAAUUGGGAUGGUGAAAAUUGAGACUGGAUCUACUUCUGAGGUGGAAAAGUAAACGGGUCUUGCUGUACUUAUGAGGAAACCUUUAUGCUUUCUGUCAUCUAUCAAAUCGAGUGGUAAGCAGGUGUUUGUAGGAAGACCUGCAGUGUGCCAAUCUGAUGAGGAUUUCUUUUGAGGAGCUUGCCGAAAACCUUUUGCUGAGAUUGAGAUGCCUAGAGAUAUCUGUAAAUGAUCCAGAAUGUCACCACAGUUUACCAUUUGUACAUCAUCAUUAUUGUUCUCAUCGUGAAUCAUCAAUUCUUUUUAACUGAAAGCAAUCUGCCUUUGGGAACCAUUUUGAUGAAAGUUCAUUUUCGAACUAUACAUACAACGUUCUUGAAUAAGAAUAUAUUCAUAAUCUUUUACUCAACUGUGGACUGUCUUACAAAAACUCAACUAUAUCUGAUCCUUUUACGUCGACAUAAGCUUAUACAAUGCUAUUGUCAUGCUUAACUCUUACAAAACCUUGAGCCAUGCAUUCCUUUCUGUCCUUUCUAUUAAUUUUCUGUUAAUUUUUUUUGUGAAUCCUCUCAAUAUUUCAGUACUCUUCCUGAUAUUUCAAUAUUCUUGUUGAUAUUUCAAUACUAAACAUCAUAGUUUGUAAUCUAAAUUCUGUAAGUGCAAAUUUUAUGUCCCUACGUGCUUUUAACAUUAAUACGAUGGCAGUUUCGGCAAUUAAAAUUUAACUGGAAAUAACUACGUUGUGAAUUUCUUGGAUAAGAUGGUGGGCUUACAGGUCCUGCAGCAGAGAGGCUACUCUUCUUUAUUGUUAACGUACUCUUGUGCUGGAAUUUUAGUAGUCAUCAAUAUUUUCCUCUUAUUUUAAGUGGUUAUUCGCUGUACGGCCUUAUCUUAUUUCUUCUCGUUCCUGAUGACUUUUGUUUAAAACCUUUAAUUGACGCUCAGGGUGGUUGUUGAAGAAGAGCGGGAAAACUAACGGUUGGAGCAGGAGGUGGUUUGUCUUGAACGAGAAAACUGGGAAAGUCAGUGCUAAUCUUUUGCAUCCUACACAGUAAUAGAUAUUAUAUUUUUUCCGAUAUAAGCUUGUCCAGUGAUAAUUAAACCCCUCUAAAACCUGUUACUUUGUCUCUGUUCUGAUAUGAAAUAGCUUAUCCAGGAUAAGAAUUAAUUUAGACCUCCAAAUGGCGUCUACUGACGAUUGCUUAGGCCCUGAUCAGUAGCGAUGGAUCCGUUUCUGCUGUUAUUGUGGCCUUGGUUGUUUAUAAACGAAAUAAGACAGUAGCUUCGAUCUUCUAUUUUCAAUCAGUUUGGUCGGUAGUAGAAUCAAUUUGUUUAUAGCCACAGUCCUUUGGUUUCUUUGAUUUUUAUACAGCAGUACCUGCAAUCAUAUGAAUUCUCAUGAUGCAGUCGUUUUAAUUCGAUAAUGACGUGUGCUUGUGGCCCUCACUUAUCUUUCAGCUGGGGUACACAAAGAAACAGGAAGAAAGGCAUUUCCGUGGUGUUAUCACUCUGGAGGUAUGAAUUUUUCUUGUUAACAAUUAGUAUGAAAAACUUACUCUACCCUUUACCCAUUUCGGUGUUCAAUCCUUGUUUUCUUGGAUGGGGACCUAGAAGUAAAGUUGUCAACGUAUAUAUUGCAGGAGUGCAACCUUGAAGAGGUUUCAGAUGAAGAAGAACCUCCUCCUAAAGGUUCAAAAGACUCAAAGAAGGCUAAUGGGCAAGAUUCUGGGAAGGUUUCCAGCCUUGUGUUUAAAAUAACUAGCAAGGUUGCUUACAAAACUGUUUUGAAAGGUAAUUCCGGGAAACAUACUGUUCUUCGUAGACUUCUGUAGACUUUGACCCACUCGUAACAUUUCUAUCAUAAAACCGUUGGAUCUUGCAGCUCACAGUGCUUUGGUAUUGAAGGCUGAGAAUACAGCUGAUAAGGUUGAAUGGGUAAACAAGAUAAAAAAUGUCAUCCAGCCAUCGAAAGGAAAUCUCAACAAGGGCCUCCCACCUUCCGAAGUUGGUCACUCGCUAAGGCAAAGCCAUUCAGAUGGUUCGUUGGUAAGUUUUUAUUCACACGUCCAUGGUGUUUUUAUUUCAUCCAUUCCAAUAUUGUUCUCAUUUAUUUUUCCUUCACAUAGUUCACAUGUUCUUUGCCCACUUAUGAACGAUAAAUUCGUGAUUCUAUGUCUUGAAAGGUACGGGUAGUUCCUCCCAUGUAUAUAUGCGUGUGUAUAUAUAUAAAAUAAUCUACUCUCCUGAUAUGUCAGUACUCUGCGACUUUCUACUAAAUGGUUUGCAUAUAUUCUGUUCUCGCUUUCAUGGAUGAACUCAGAUUUCUCCUGAGUGAGUUUCGAUUCCAAGGAUUUAAACUAUGACAGUUGCCUCUGCAAAAGGAAAUAAUAACAAAUCGCUUGUCACAGCUCAUGCACACGCAUUUUUCUCAGGUUUCAGUCUAUUUUCUUUCGUUUAAUUCAAAUAUUCGGUGAUCUUCUAGGAUACAAUGGCAAGGAGACCCGCUGAUCCAGAAGAAGAGCUGAGAUGGAUGUCCCAGGAAGUUCGUGGGUAUGUAGAGGCUGUAUUAAACAGUCUUGCUGCAAACGUUCCCAAGGUACGGUGGAGUUUCACCUCUCUCAUUGUCAUCCUGCUGCAGUAUACAGAAAUUGAGGUCGAACACUCUUGGUGAAUCAGGCUGUCGUACUAUGCCAAGUUGAGAAAGCAAAGGAAGAUAUGCUGAAUCAGUUGUACAGCUCAAUAAGGUAGCAGACUAACCUUACAUUUCCUUCCGUGAUAUUUGAAACACGAUGCAUGCGCCUGAGAGUCGAAUUAAGCGACAACUGAAAUUCUUGAUUUAUAAAAUCCUACGCCUAGUCUAUUUUCCUUGCCCGCUGGACCAUGUCGAGAAAAUCUAGCUUGUAGACAAAAGAACCAUCUGCCACUCUGAUUAAUUAUGUUUGUUCUAUCCCCGCAAAAGUACAGAUUUUCCUCAUAGAUUGUUAUAUAUAUGCCAAUCAUCUCAUAUAGUCUUUGCCGAAUGUAAUUAGAUGAUAUACUUAUCUGGUUAUUGCUGGUACUCAAUUGGGGAUUGCACUGCAAAUUGAACCCGCGUUUUACUUGAGAAUCUUCAAUAAAUUCUUACUCGGAGGAUGGAAAAGGAAUUGUACCUUUGACAGGCAGCAUACGGCAGUCCACUUUGUUAAUUCAAUAAUAUCGUUAUUUAUCUGUUCCCAUUAAAAUCGGGACGGGAGCAUCAUUUGCAACUCACCAAAAACUUCAAAUCUUUCUCUUGUUUAUCAUUGCUCAGUGCCCAAAAUACAGUCAGGAUUGAGGAGUUGCUUCAGGAGGAUCAGAAUGUGAAGCGAAAGAGGGAGCGCUUCCAGAAACAGUCAUCUCUUCUGUCAAAACUGACACGCCAGUUGAGCAUUCACGAUGAUCGAGGUACCAGUUGGUCCAAUGGCCCAGCCAGUUCAGGUAAUUUCGCUGAAGUUUCUUGUUAACGCGACACAUGGCUGUGCUUAAGGGCUGAACCCUUGAUUUUUUUUCCGUAAAAAUGUGGCGGAAUCUCAUUUGGGCAAAUGGAUGGAUAGUCAAACUUCCCCUCACAUCGGAAAUUCCUUUUGAUUAUUCAGAGAACAGCCCAAGAACACCUGCCUCCCCGGGCAAUGACUGGAGGUCGGCGUUUGACGCUGCAGCAAAUGGACCGGCCAGCAACCCCGUAGGCGAGCCCAGAUCCCGCAGCCUCAGCAGUGGCCGGGGACGCCCGAGCAGCGGUGCCUCACAGAACGGCGACCUGGGCUCAGGCCCAAACUCUGGCAGCCGCCGCACACCCAACAGGCUCCCGCCUGCACCACCGCAGAGCAACUCGUCGUCUUAUAAAUUCUAA